AUGAAAAUGAUCUUCUCGGAAUAUUGCUGUUCUUCCAGUUUGGUUCUCAUUAGUAAUCUCCAUGGUACUCUUUUCUAUCACUCUUUGGUAAUUAAUUGUUCAAUAAAUCGUAUUCUAUUCCACUCCAAUUCAGUUCCCUGCCGGUCAUUAUUCAUAAGGGCGUCCCCUUUUCACACAUAUACGUACGCUUUAAGUUGUCUGAUGUUUUCAAACCUUUCUUUCCUAAGGCUUGAUCUUUCGAUAUCUUCUAAUAAUAAUGGCUUAUUUUCGAAUAGUGGAACUGGCUCCAUUACAAGUGACUUUCGUGUCCGCAAUUUUGAAAUUCGAAACCGACGCAAAAGACCAACUACUAAGAAAAUCUUAAUGGUGGAUGGGUGGAAAGAAUUUGUGGGUGGAAACAGUCAAACAUUUACUGAUGUGCAUUGGAAGCCCAAUGGUGAAAGACAAUGCUUAUCUGAACAAGUUGAUAGUUAA